AUGGGUCGGACAGCGUGUAAUGGUUGGUUGGGGGCGGAGGGAGCCGGCUUCCCGCCUCUUCCCUGGUCAGAGGGAACUGAGGUGGGAGGGGCGGCCCUUCUCGUAAACGCCAUCCUCCGUGAAUCGGUGCUUGUGGUAAGUAAUGUGGUCCUUGACAGACUGGUACUCGACCUGCUCGAGGGUCAGCACCUCGACACUCUUCCAGCCCCCAACCGUCCAACCGGCAAUCUACAAGACGGGACGGACAGCAAAGGAGAGGGAGAGAGAUGCAAACGGGUGCGUCCACGGAUCCCGGCGUCCUCACUAACCGCAUCAUGGCCGACGUAGCCGCGAGUGGAGUCGCCACACCUGAUGAUAAGGUACUUGGUCUUGUCGAACACAACCGGUCGGCCACUCGAGUCGGUGAGGUCCCAGCAGUCGUCCCACGGCUGCGAAAACUCGUGAUAGGUCAUCUCCACCGUGAUGGCCUGUUGCAGUGCUCGCUUGACGAUGUCCCGGAUAGAACCUCUCAUCUCUGGGGGGCACGUGUCAGCUGGCCUCCAUCUCUUGAGGGAGGAGCCCCUCAGCUCAACGAAACUUCCUUUCGGCAGCACACAGUACCCUACAACGACGACACAAUGAAUGACCUGAUGUAUGUGUGUAUGUCUGCCUGACGAUUCCUUUCUCGCAUGUCUGUCGUACCACGGCUCUCCAGUUCGACCAGCAGCUGCAUGCCUGCCGGGCCGUACAGCUCGCCACUGCUGCUGCGGUGACGUGUUGGAUUGAAUGAGGCCGGGAGGGUCGACCUGAAGGUCAGGUUGCGGUAGAAGACACCGAUGCAUUUCUGGAGUGCCGGCGGCCGGAUGCGGAUGCACGGCAGGCCGGCAAGAAGUCGAUCAAUCUCCUUAUCGUGUGGCACGGAGACCAUGUCACCCAUCGACUCGAGGCUGCCGCCGCGCAUCUCGAGUGCCGUGCCGCAUAUGUGUGUGGGCAGAGGGAACACCUCAAAGCGGCGGAUGUGGGGCGAAUGGGCCAGCAGAUGACGCAGCACGUCAUGGUACCAGUAGUUCUCCUCUGUGCUUGUGGUUAGGUCGAGCACUUGAGAUCUCUCGCUGCAGAACUUGGCCCUGAGUGUCCUAAGGUUGGGUGUCUUCCACUGCAAGGACCGAAACACCUUCAGAGCCCGAACUAGGUCCACAUCGAUAUCCGUCAACGCUGGAAACGUCCGCGCCGCGCCGACAAGGCUCGCCUCCUCAACACCACCGUAGUCCCAUCCAGGGCUGGGCACGUCCGACUUGAUGGCCCUUAUCUUGUCACCGUGCUGCUGCAUUGUUGUGACGAAGAACCGCAGCACAUCAUCGUCAAAGCUGGUCUCGCCCUCGGCCGCCACGAGAAUGAUCUUCUGCGGGCCCUGGGAGCACAGAAGGACGCGUCGAUCCCGAGGGACGGCCGGGCCGAUGACGAGGGUGGACGAGCAGACAGCCUCGAAGCAGCUCUCGUCCAGGACAGACAGCCGCAUGAUCUCCUGCAUGCAGGCAGGGAGCCAGUGCAGUGCCUGUGUGCGCCUUUCUAACGCGUACCUUACCUUGUCUGUGAGUGUGCCUGAGAGGUUGAGCGUCCACAGCUCUGCAGGGAGCCGGGUGAGGCCGUGCAUGCCGCGGGUCGACGAUGCCAUUGACGCCACGAGCACAGAAGAUGAGGUGAGCGCCUGACUCUUUGCCCCUUGCUUCUCCUCCCGAGAGAGAGCAG